AUGAAAUUUAUCUACAACCACUCAACAACCCAGCAAGCUCUAAAGGAAUGGGGCAGCCUUGACAAAGUUGAAACUGCUCAAUUCUACUUCUGGAAUGCGGGAAACCAGAUGCAAAAGUCCUUAGAAGGCCUUCUACAAUCACUGGUGCAUCAAGUCCUUGAAAGGUACCAGUCAUUAAUCCCGACCGUCUGCCCAUCAAGAUGGGAAGAGGCAGAGUUUACGGAGCAACUGAAGCCUUGGACCUACGACGAGCUCUCUGAUGCUCUACGGGCAUUAGCCAGGCAAAAUCUUCAUAACACAAAGUUCUGUUUCUUUGUCGACGGCCUUGACGAAUACGACAUAACUACAUCCGACAGAGACCACAAAGAUCUUCUGUGUGUUUCCAGUCGGCAGUGGGAAGUAUUUGAGCAGGAGCGUGGAAAGAUGGAAUGGAAGCUCCGUUUGCAGGAUUUGACAAGAAACGACAUCAGGCUCUAUGUCGCUCACAGUCUGGAAUCCGACAGCCGGUUCAAAAGCCUUCAACUGAGAGAUGGCAAUUGUGCGAGCCUAGUGGAUCUUAUCAGUAACAAGUCCCAGGGUGUCUUUUUGUGGGUGUAUCUUGUGGUCCGCUCACUUCUGCGCGGCCUACAAGAAGAAGACAAUGCCUCCGAAUUACUGGGACGGGUCGAACAACUACCUGAAGAUCUGGAAACAUACUUUAAGCUCAUGUUCGAGUCAAUUGAAAAGUAUCACCGAAGGCAAGCGGCCGAGAUACUUCAAGUUGCCAUUGCAGCAGAAGAACCACAAUCGAUUGCUGCCUAUUCAUUCCUAGACCUAGAGCGCCAGGAACCAGAAUAUGCUUGGAACAUGCCUCUGAGAGAGAUAUCUGAUUUGGAGGCCGAAGAAAUGUAUUUGAAAAUGCGCAACCGCCUGGAUGCACGCGCAAAAGACCUUCUAGAGGUGCAGCUCUCGCCUUCGACAGAUACUAGCAUGCCGCUGUUUCUUCGCUAUCAGGUUACCUUCCUUCACCGAACAGUUAAAGAUUUCCUCGAGACCAAAGACAUGGAUAACCUUCUACCCUCUUGCGAGUCUGUGCAAGGCAUCCUUGGGUCAAAUCAAAUCCUUGGAUUGGACAAGCAAAAUCCCACACGGAGUUUGGUUAAUAGACUAUCCUUCAAGGGUCAGAAUCAUAUUUGA